UUUACAACGUACAAAUUCGCAUAGGUAGCGCGUCGGUUGAACGUGACGUUAAGUUUUUGAUCGCGUGCCUGUCGAAUUCUUGUUGAAUUGGUGAAAAAUAUUCGUUAAGACUUCGAAAACAUAGAGAAAAAUGUCGUCGAGUGAUAUAAAUAUGUUAGUCGAUAUGGGCUUUAGCAUAUCUAAAGCAGAAAAAGCUUUAGAAAUUACUGGAAACAAAGGUGUUGUUCCGGCAAUGGAAUGGCUCUUGGCUCAUUCAAAUGAUGCUGAACCAUCACCUGACCCACCUACUGCUGAAAGUGCAACGCUGUCUAAUCUUCAAACAUCAAUCCAUGAAGAUACUGCCGAUGCUAGUGGUCAGGUGUCUACUACUGAAGUUGCUAAAUCUAUGAAAUGUGAUAUUUGUGGAAAACUGUUUAAAUCUAACUUGGAAGUCGAAUUCCAUGCAACAAAGUCCGGACAUGAUAGAUUCUCUGAAAGCACGGAAGAAAAGAAACCUCUUACGGAAGAAGAGAAGAAGGAACAAUUACGAAUUUUAACAGAGAAGUUAAAACAGAAAAACAAGGAGCGAGAGGAGCAGGAAAAGAAAGAUGCACAAGAAAGGGAAAAGAAUAGAAUAAAAUCAGGGAAAGAGAUGGCUCAGGCUAGAAGAAAGUUAGAGGAGUUAGAAAUGAGAAAGUUGUUAGAGGAGAGGAAACGUGAAAAAGAAGAAGAGAAAUUAGCACGUCAAAAAGUUAAAGAACAAAUUGAAGCUGAUAAAGCUGCUAGACGUGCCAAAGCUAAUGCCAAAAGAGCAUUAACAGAAUCUCCACCUACACCGUCAUCCUCUACUAGUACUUAUAGAAAGGAAUAUAAUGAUACCAGGUUGCAGAUUAGGCUUACUAAUGGACAAACAUUAACGCAAAGCUUUGGAAGUAAGGAGAAGUUAUCUGCUGUGAGAUUGUUUAUAGAAAUUAAUAGAACAGAUCCAUCUGGUCCAUUUAAUUUAAUGACAGCUUUCCCAAAGAAAAUUUUCAUGGAAGAUGAUUAUGAAGCUCCGUUGAAUGCUUUAGGCCUGACACCAUCUGCAGUUUUAAUUGUUCAGAAAAAAGUAGAAUGAUCAUAAUAAAUAUCAGCUAUUAUUUUCCAUGCAGUCAACCAUAUAACUUUUAAGAUACUAUACGAUUGUAAAAUAUUCUCCAAAAAUUUAUAAAAAGG